AUGGACACCCUCCCCCAGAUUUUCUGCCUACCCACUCUUAUCUCGUCUUCCUUGCUGCACAGCCCACACGCAUACAGAGUCGUCUUUGUCUAUUGCAAGCACAACUGUCCGUCGUCAUCGUCUCCCCUGUCCCGCUUUCAACUCCAGCCUUGCAGCACCGAAUCUGAUGAUCUACCGCAUUUAUCUCCUAGCAUCAGAUUGGCGUCUGGCAUCCCCGGCCGACAUGGACAUCAACGCCCGCAGUGCUUGACUCCUCAAAGCUUGCCUACUCAUACGUCACGUAGACACACACACACACGCACACAUCAACAUGUCAUCCAUAUUUGGCACAGCGCAAACACACAACCCAUUCGGCUACGGAAGCUUAUCUGCAACGCAUGCCGGCCGACGCCGCCCCCUCGCCGGUGCAGUCCUCCACAACCACAACUGCAUCAAAGAGAGGCGACAGUUUACCAAUUUUGUUUAGAGCUAUCGCGUGCCGCUUGUAACCAUCGGCAGGAUGCCGCUCCUCUCACAAUCUCUUGCUCGCACAGUGCGACGAUACCCGAACAAAUUCGAACUUUGCGAUAUCAAUACUUGAACAUCGUCUGGCAACGGUGA